AAACCAAGUCAUAACAACAAAGACUAUACAAUAGUCGUGGAGCAUAAUAUAACCGGAGACAUGGACACACUCUUAACUGCCGAGAUUGCGGCCAACGCACCGCGGUACCGUCGCAAGAGUUCAACUUUCAUCGACGGCAUCCAUGAUGUUACAGACCAGGACAACAUGGCCCCGGCCCAACUUUACAGCACAAUGUCUGGCAGGCUCUUCCAUUCAGGCCGUAUUGCUAUCGUUAUGGUUGGCCUUCCCGCGCGGGGCAAGACCCACAUCUGUGUUUCAAUGGCACGAUAUCUUCAGUGGCUCGGUGUCAAGACACGGAUUUUCCACUUAGGCGACUAUCGCCGUGCUACCGUUGGUGAAGGCGGAAAUGUUCCCCAAGAUUACUUUUACCCCAAUGCCUCUCCAGCUUCGACCAUGCUCCGACAGAAGAUCCUGAAAAAGUGCAGGGAGGAUAUUUACGCAUGGCUCAACCACGAAAAUGGCCAAGUUGCUAUCUACGACGCCGUCAAUCCUACUGCGGCUGGACGCCGUGCGCUUGCAAAGGAGUUUGCCAAACACGAUGUUCAGACAUUGUUCUUGGAGUCAUACGUCGAUGAUGAGGAGAUCCUCAAAGAAAACGCCAGAAAUGUCAAGAUCCAUUCGCCGGAUUUUGAUGGCAUGGAUCCCGAUGAGGCAGCCGAACGGUACCUGAAGCGGAUCGAAACUAAGAUUCCGAUUUUCGAAACGAUGCAAGAGGAAGAACUAAACUACGUGAAAAUGAUCAAUGCCGGCCGAGCAUUCUUCUACAACAAUGUCAGCUUCAACUACCUCUCGCAUCGCAUCGUCUUCUACCUCACGAACCUGCACAUCAAAGCCCGCACAACCUUCUUCGUUCGAGCUGGGCCAGCAGAAGGCGAAGAGUUCUACAAAUCCGACGCGCCUCUCUCUGAGGAAGGCAGAUCAUAUGCACAGAAGAUGACUGAGACCCUUCUCAGACAUCGUGAGCAAGAAAGAAAGGCCAACAGUGAACAGGCUGGCCACGAGAUCCGUCUAAGGCCUUUGACUGUCUGGACAUCCACGCGGCUCCGCACAAUUCAGACGGCCGAUCCUCUGAAGGAACAAGGCUAUAACGUCCGCCAACGCUCGCAAAUGAGCCAAAUAAACCCCGGUCUGUGCGAGAAGUUGUCAGAGCAUGCUAUCCGUAGGCUAUAUCCAGAAGAGGUGGAAAAGCAUGAGCUUGACCCAUACCACCACCGGUAUCCCCGCGCAGAGUCGUACCACGACCUCGCUGUCCGCCUCGAGCCCAUCAUUCUUGAACUCGAGCGCGAGCAGAACGACGUCCUCAUCAUUGCUCACGAGAGCGUUCUGCGAGUUUUGUAUUCAUACCUGAUGCACUGCAGACCCAUGGAGAUUCCAAAACUCAAGUUCCCCAGGGAUGAGAUUAUCGAGAUCAUUCCGGCGGCAUAUCAGAACGAAGCCAAGCGCAUUCAUAUCCCCGGCCUCGAUCCGCAGUUCACCCCCGGGUCGCCCGAAGACAUUCGCAUCCCCGUUCCUAGCAUCUACAGCAGUAAUCUGCCACCUAUUGAUGGCAUAAGCAGUCCUGUCGAGCCAUCCUCUAUGGACAACGUUUUGACGCGGCCUCCCGAGAAGGUGGUGAAUAACGCCAAGGAAAUGGUUGCGGAUAAGGUGGCUGAUCUCGAUUAAGUUACGGCGUACUGGGACGUGGAGCGAAGGUGGCUUUGUUUCUGAGUGGCGGACCGUUGUUUUUGAUCGAUAAAUUUGACCUUAAUAAGAAUCCUCUGCCACCG